AUGGGUACACCACAGAGGGAUGUUAUCAUUAAGUCAGAUGCACCUGACAGCCUGUUACUGGAGAAGCAUGCUGAUUAUAUUGCAUCCUAUGGCUCAAAGAAAGAUGAUUACGAAUAUUGCAUGUCUGAAUAUUUGAGAAUGAGUGGCAUCUAUUGGGGUCUGACCAUAAUGGAUCUCAUGGGACAACUACAUCGCAUGAAUAGAGAAGAAAUCCUGACAUUUAUUAAGUCUUGUCAGCAUGAGUGUGGUGGAAUAAGUGCUAGUAUUGGACAUGAUCCUCAUCUUUUGUAUACUCUUAGUGCUGUUCAGAUACUUACUCUCUAUGAUAGUAUUAAUGUUAUUGACAUAAAUAAAGUUGUGGAAUAUGUUCAGAGUCUACAGAAAGAAGAUGGUUCUUUUGCUGGAGAUAUUUGGGGAGAAAUUGAUACAAGAUUCUCUUUUUGUGCAGUGGCAACUUUGGCACUAUUGGGGAAGUUGGAUGCUAUUAAUGUGGAAAAGGCAAUCGAAUUUGUUUUAUCAUGUAUGAACUUUGAUGGUGGAUUCGGUUGCAGACCAGGUUCUGAAUCCCAUGCUGGGCAAAUCUAUUGUUGCACAGGAUUCUUGGCUAUUACUAGUCAGUUGCACCAAGUAAUUUCUGAUUUACUCGGUUGGUGGCUUUAUGAACGACAGCUUCCAUCAGGCGGACUCAAUGGAAGGCCAGAGAAGUUACCAGAUGUAUGCUAUUCAUUGGGUGUUGGCUUCCCUAAAGAUAAUUGGAAGCUUCAUUGGAUUGAUAGAGAAAAGCUCCGCAGUUUCAUCCUAGCAUGUCAAGAUGAAGAAACAGGAGGAUUUGCAGAUAGGCCAGGAGAUAUGGUAGAUCCUUUCCAUACUCUGUUUGGAAUUGCUGGAUUGUCACUUUGGGGAGAAGAACAGAUUAAACCUGUUAGCCCUGUUUUUUGCAUGCCUCAAGAAGUACUUCGGAGAGUGAAUGUUCAGCCUGAACUAGUGAGCUAG